AUGAGCGCGAAGAUUAUCGGACUUCCGUGGGUGGAGAAAUAUCGACCCAACAAGCUGGAUGAUUUGAUUUCACACCAGGAAAUUAUUUCUACAAUUCAGAAGUUCAUCGACAACCAGCAGCUUCCCCAUCUUCUUUUCUACGGCCCUCCCGGCACGGGAAAGACAAGCACAAUUCUAGCAGUGGCGAAGCAACUCUACGGCGUCAAGAAUUUCAAGAAAAUGGUUUUGGAACUGAACGCGUCGGACGAUCGAGGAAUCGGAGUCGUCAGAAGCGAGAUUUUGAACUUUGCCUCGACUGCUUCUCUUCACUGCAAAGGCUUCAAAGUGAUUAUUCUUGAUGAAUGCGACGCAAUGACCCGCGAUGCUCAAGCUGCUCUUCGGCGAGUGAUGGAAAAAUACACGAAAAACGUUCGAUUCUGCUUGAUUUGCAAUUACUUGGGCAAGUUGAUUCCGGCGAUUCAAAGUCGCUGCACUCGAUUUCGCUUUGCGCCGCUGAGCAAGGACCAGAUGAUGCCGAGAAUCAACCACGUCGUAGAAGAAGAAGGAAUCAACAUUGACCAGUCCGGUAUGGAACUGCUGCUCAAAUUGGCGGAGGGAGAUAUGCGAAGAAGCUUGAAUAUCUUGCAAGCCUCGCAUUUGGCGUUCAACAAAGUUACGGAAGAUAUCGUUUACAAAGUUACAGGCCGGCCGAAUCGAAAUGACAUCCGAAAGCUGAUGGAAUGGCUCCUCAAUCAGGACAUCAAAUAUUGCAUCGAAAAUAUUCAGGAAUUGAUGAUCGAAAAUGGACUGGCGCUGAACGACGUCUUGACCGAUCUUUACGAAGAAGUUUGCGAAGCAGACUUGCCAGAAAUUCCCAAAGCUGAGCUUCUUUCGACGCUUGCUGACAUCGAGUACCGAUUGAACAUCGGCGCGUCCGAGAAGAUCCAGCUCGCGGUCAUCGUCGCUGCGUUCUCCAAAGUCCGCAACACCGUCCCACGAAUGGAAGAGUAA